AUGGCCGUGCCGGGGCCCCUGGCCCUCCGGGCUGCGCUGUGCAGCACCUGCUGCUGCCUCCUGCUCUGUGCCCAGCUCGCAGCAGCCGGUAAAGGAGGUAGAGGCUUGGGCAGAGGGGGCCUGCUCCGCCUUAACAUCUGGGGCCCUGCUGCCGUUGCAGAAUGCAAGCAGCUGGAAUCCUGCAGGCGCUGCGUGGAGGGGGAACCCACUCGAAACAUCUCAGGCUGUGUGUGGGAGCACUGUGGGGGAGAGGAGCCAGAACAUGGUCAUUGUGUAACUCGGGAAGAGGGAGCCAAGGAAGGCUGCUCUGUCUAUAACAGAACAGCUCUGUGCCCAGCUGCUCCACAGUCACCCACCCAGGAGCCAAAGGCAUUCACAUCAGGCAGCCCUGCCACGGUCCCCCCGCUGGACUCGCACACGCCUGGCUUCGAUGGGGCCAGCUUCGUUGGGGGCAUCGUGCUGGUGUUGAGUGUGCAGGCUGUAACUUUCUUCUUCAUCCGUUUUGUUCGGGCCAAGGACAGCACCUAUCAGACACUGUAA